AUGUCUCUUCAACUUGUCGAUCGUUCCGUUAAAUACCCUGCCGGGAUACUUGAAGAUGUGCCACUGAAAGUUGGGAACUUCUAUAUCCCAGUUGACUUCGUGGUUCUCGACAUGGACGAAGACUCUAAAGUACUUAUAAUUCUUGGUCGUCCAUUCCUUAACACUGUAGAUGCUAUCAUUCAUGUUCGAGCAGGUCGACUCACUAUGAAGAUUGGCGAUGAGAUGGUACAAUUUACUCUGGACAAAAAUCUAAAGCAACCGUCAUCUACAGACACAAUCGUGUCUAGCUCUUCACACGAUCAUGUCCAAAGUCGCAAUGUUGUAUGCGCGAAUCAGCCAUCUGACCCAAUCGUGUCCCUUUUGCAACACGAUCGUGUUAACGGUACAUCAACUUCCGAAAAAAUUCAGCAGUCUGACCCGAUCGUGUCAUCCCCGACACACGAUCGUGUCUCAUCACCUACCUAG